ACUUACCUGAGUGCCCUGGUGGCUGACCUGGAAGGAUGGGAGAGUUUUUCUGAAACCAUAGUUUCUGAAGAAGAAAAUCAGGAAGUCAUGAAAAAACUCAUAGUUGAUGGUCCUUUUGACUUCAAGUUGGGAAAAACCUACGUAAAGGAGAACAAAUUAGAGAAACAGCAAAGCAAAAAGAACAAAAUUUUCAGGAAAGUGUUAGUUACCAUCAAAAAAAUGUACAUGAAGGACAGGAGCUUUAAAGGUAUUGAACUUGGGAAAAAUCUUGUUCUGAAAUCAUCACUUAUUAGAAAACCCAGAAUUGUUGCCAGAGGAAGGAAACCCCGUUCACAGCAGUAUUCAAUUCUGUUUAAACAACUGGGAGUCAACACAGUGCGCAAGUGUUAUAAGUGUAAUGUCUGUGGGAAAAUCUUCCUCCACAGUUCUUCCCUGAGCAAGCAUCAGAGAAUCCAUACUGGAGAGAAGCUCUAUAAAUGCAAGGAGUGCAGGAAAGCUUUCAGCCAAAGCUCAUCCCUAACUCAGCACCUGAGGGUUCAUACAGGAGAGAAACCUUACAUAUGUAGUGAAUGUGGGAAAGCCUUCAGUUUCACCACAUCUCUUAUCGGACACCAGAGAAUGCAUACUGGAGAGAGACCUUACAGAUGUAAGGAAUGUGGGAAAACGUUCAAAGGCAGUUCGUCCCUUAAUAAUCACCAGCGGAUCCAUACUGGAGAGAAGCCCUACAAGUGCAACGAGUGUGGGAGAGCCUUUAGCCAGUGCUCGUCUCUCAUUCAGCACCAUCGGAUUCACACUGGAGAGAAACCAUAUGAGUGUAGUCAGUGUGGGAAAGCCUUCACUUCGAUAUCACGGCUAAGCAGGCACCAUCGAAUUCAUACCGGAGAGAAACCUUUUCAUUGUCAUGAGUGUGGAAAAGUGUUCAGUUACCACUCGGCCCUUAUUAUACAUCAGAGAAUUCACACCGGUGAGAAACCGUAUGCAUGUAAAGAAUGUGGUAAAGCUUUCAGCCAAAGCUCAGCUCUUAUACAACAUCAAAGGAUUCAUACUGGAGAAAAACCCUACAAAUGCAAUGAGUGUGGGAAAGCCUUCUCCUGGAUCUCAAGGCUUAAUAUACAUCACAGAAUUCACACCGGAGAGAAACCAUAUCAUUGUAAGGAGUGUGGGAAAGCCUUUAGUUCCCACUCAGGAGUUAAUACUCAUCGAAAAAUCCAUACUGGAGAGAAGCCUUAUAAAUGUAAUGACUGUGAAAAAGCCUUCAACCAAAGCUCAGCUCUCAUUCAGCACCAGAGAAUUCAUACCGGAGAGAAACCCUAUAACUGUAAAGUAUGUGGAAAAGCCUUCAGACAGAGUUCUUCCCUUAUGACACAUAUGAGAAUUCAUACGGGAGAAAAGCCUUAUAAAUGUAAAGAAUGUGGGAAAGCUUUUAGUCAGAGCUCAUCUCUCACUAAUCACCAGAGGACUCAUAAUUGAGAAAACCUGUAUAAAUAAAAUGCAUGUGGGAACUCUUCCGACUGCAGUUCAUUCCCUGUUGAAUAUCAAAUCCUGGGGAGAAAGUGAUGGACGAGUAGUUGAGGGUAAAACUUAGAAGUUAGGCCUCAUCAAACAUCGGAGAUUUCAUGAUGCAGGGUAACCCUGGGAAUAUUAGAAAAGCUAUAAAAUAUUUGUUACUGUGUUCUUAAGUUAUUACUGUAAAAUUGAGAAUUUUUAAGAUUGCAGGGCUAGUUGUUUUCUUUUUAGUGAUGUAUGAUAACAGCCACCAGCUUUCAUAAGCAUCACUGGGAAGCCUGCUGAUUUAUUAUGUAAAAGUGCAGCCAUAAAAUCCAGACUUCAGAUAAAUCUAGGAAUCUAUUUUUUGAAAUGACACUUAAGUGUUAUGCAAGCCAGUGGUAAUAGGAAAAAUGUUUUAGAAAAGAAAUGUGUACAGGUGACCUGUAGCUACCUCACUGUCACUAAAAUUUGUUUUUUAUAGUCUUAAAGCAGAUUCUGUACUUGGUUGUCAUAACUUUUGGAUUGUUUCUCUGCUUCCUAAGCCAUUAACCUGAGAAGAAAAUCACUCUGUAAACUAUGCAGGUAUACUGUCUUUUGAAUUUUCUUCCUGACUACUCAUACCAAACUCUGAGUCAGAUCUAAAGUCACUUUAAGUCACAAAAUGCAUGGGAUUUCACUUGCUUUUCACAUGAAGUGAUUACCUUUGCUGUAUUACAUUGAGAAGUAAAGGUUAUUAAGACAA